UUAUAAUAUGAUCGACUGCAGUGAAGUAGCAAUAUGGCGAUCAUAAGUUGCAGCGGGCUGAACGUCAUAAUAUUACAAUGAGAAAACAAGGCAUAUCGUGUAAAGUAAUAACCACGUAUUAAAGUUAUAAUUUGGCCAAAUGUUUUUUUAGCAAUGACACUGCCAAUAAACCAUUUUAAACGGCACUAUAGAUUCCGUUGAAUUAUCUUUAAGAACCGACACGGAACAAUAAUGAAUUCCUUCAUAGAACUGGUUACAGAAUAUUCUUAACACUGACAGAAGAACGAAGAAACAAUUUAUAAAUUCUUCGUUGAAUGGAGUUUCUUAACAUAAGAAAAUACAUCUAUAAAAUCUUUAUGGCCUAAUGUAUUAUAGAUUGAAAGAGUUCUUAUUAUAAACUUUUAAUAUUUUGUAUUAAACCAAACAUAUAAAAAUGAACAGAAUAGAAAGCAGUUCAGAUAAUGGAAGUGGUUGGCAUGAAUGUGUUAAAUGGUUAACAAGAUGUGGAGCUUUAAGAGCAGAUCAUAAAGCAAAUUGGCCAGAGGCUACUGCAGUGGAUUUAGCAUAUACAUUAAGAGAUGGAGUAUUGCUAUGUAAUCUUCUAAAUACAGUAGAUCCCGGUUGUAUAGAUAUGAAAGAUGUAAACCAAAAACCACAGAUGGCACAAUUUUUAUGUCUAAGAAAUAUAAAAGUAUUUUUAUCAGCAUGUUCAACUAUAUUUGGAUUAACUGAUUCUGAGCUUUUUGAACCUUCCAUGUUAUUUGAUCUAUCAGAUUUUCUUCGUGUAUUACGUACUUUAUCAGCUUUAUCAAAUUGUCCUCGUUUAAGACGCAAAGGUAUACUUGGAUUUUCUAUAAGUCAUGGUAGAUCACAAGAAGAUAUUUAUAAAGAUUUACAAAGUGCUGGUGCAGGUCCCACAACAGGUGUGGGGACAUUUACCAUGAAACCUAAGGUUAUGGAUGUAGAUGAAUCUCAAGUAUAUCAGGAAUUACUCUGUUUCUCGAGUAAUUCUCAACACGACUGGCCUUAUGGCUGUUCAUAUUUUUAUGCUAAAGCCGUGAAGAUGAAGAUCGUCGUAGGAGAUUUAGAAGGCGAGAGGGAAAUGAAGCAGGUGGAGGAGGCGACAAUGAAGAUCCCGUUGAAGAAGAAGAUGGAUAUGGAGCAUACUGCAGCCAUGCUCAAAGUGAAGAAAUCUACCAGGACCUUUGAUGGAGCAAUUUCUGGAGGUGAAAAAAGGGAUUAUGUAAUUCAGGAACUUGUUGAGACAGAACGCAAUUAUUCGGAUGUUCUUAAUAGUUUACUUAAACAUUUUGCUAGACCUCUUUCUUCAUUACUGCGACCUGAAGAUUCUACACGUAUUUUUUUUGGCAUAAAAGAACUUGCAGAAAUUCAUGCCGGUUUUCACAGUCAACUUCGAAAAGCACGGACUGGUGCUGCUUUAGCACAAGUUUUUCUUGAUUGGCGAGAAAAAUUUCUUAUUUAUGGCGAUUAUUGCGCAAAUCUUACUCUUGCUCAAAAUACAUUGCAAGAAGCAUGUGCGCGUAAUGAAUUAGUUAAUCAAGAAGUUAUUAGAUGUCAACAAGAAGCAAAUAAUGGAAAAUUCAAAUUGCGAGAUAUUUUAUCUGUUCCAAUGCAAAGAGUAUUAAAAUAUCAUUUAUUGCUUGAUAAAUUAGUAGAAGAAACUCCCUGUGAUUGGCUAGAAGAUAGACGUCAACUUGCAAAAGCUAGAGAAGUAAUGGUUGACAUAGCACAAUAUAUUAACGAGGUAAAACGUGAUUCAGACACGUUGGACAUUAUAAGAGAUAUUCAAGCAUCGAUAAUUGAUUGGGACGUUCCAGAAGAUACACAAUUAAAAGACUUUGGACGAUUACUUAGGGAUGGAGAACUCAAGGUAAAAGCUCAUGGUGAUCAACGGUUAAAAGCGCGUUAUGUGUUUGUUUUCGAACAAGUAGUAUUAAUUUGUAAAGCAGGCAGAGGAGAACAAUAUUGUUAUCGUGAAACUUUACGUCUUGAUGAUUAUCGAUUAGAAGAUCACACAGGAAGGCGAACUCUUGGCAGAGAUUCUCGAUGGUCCUAUCAAUGGCUCUUGGUUCAUAAACAAGAAUAUACUGCAUAUACUUUGCAUGCAAGAACCGAAGAACAAAAACAAAUGUGGAUGAAGGCAUUACAAGAUGCAAUGGACAAUGUUAAUCCUGCCGCGUGUCGCAAUACAAAUCAUAAGUUUAAGCUUACAACAUUUAACACUCCACGUAGUUGUCAACGAUGUGGCAAAUUUUUAAAAGGUCGAAUUUUUCAGGGAUAUCGAUGUGAAGCCUGCUGUUAUGCUGUACACAAACAAUGCAUUGCACAUUCAGGUCGGUGUAUGCCAGUACCGCCUCCGCCUCCACCUCCACCAUCCUUAUCAUGUGAACGUGCUCUCUCUGUGAAAUUAUGGUUUGUAGGAGAAAUGGGACGUGAUACAGCAUCAAAUAAAUUAGAACCUCGUGAAGAUGGUACCUAUAUGUUACGAGUACGGCCUGCAGGACAACCUCGUUUGAAACAUGAAACUAAUUACGCUCUAAGUAUCAAGGCAGAUGGAACGGUAAAACACAUAAGAGUAUUUAAACGCGAUGUCGAUGGUGCUGAUGUUUAUUAUCUCAGUGAAUCUCGUUUCUUCAAAAGUGUAGUUGAACUUGUUGAAUAUUACGAACGGGCAUCGUUAUCAGAAAAUUUUGAAAAAUUAGAUCAACGUUUAUUAUGGCCAUAUAGACGUGUCUUGGCUAAAGCAUUAUUUGAUUUUCGAGGAGGUGAACGCAACCAAUUAAGUCUACGACGAGGUUGCAGAGUUGUGGUAUUGAGUAAAGAAGGUGAUGCCAAAGGUUGGUGGAAAGGAAAAAUUGGAGAUCAAGUAGGGUUUUUCCCAAAAGAAUAUGUUGAAGAAGAAUAACCAUACAUUACUUAGAUAUUUCUUUCAUGUGAUAGCACAGUGAUCAAGAAUAUUUUAUAUUAUUUGCAUCAUUAUGCAAUCAUAAUAUGUUAUUGAAACAAUUCUUAAUGAAAAAAAAAAAGAGAAAAAAAUUAUAAUAUAAUGCAUUUUUACAUUAAUUAAAACAAAGAUAUAUCUUCACACAUUGGUAUAAAAAUACAAUUUAUUUUGUUGUUCUCAUUAUUUGAGAUUGUAUCACAAAUAUAUAAAUAGAAAGUUUAUAUUCAUAUACGGGAACUGAAUGCAUAAAAGCAAAUAUAUAUUUAGCUAUUUGUAUAGACAAAAAAAAUUAUAAUUAUUUUCGAUAUAAUAUAACAGUACGAAUAAAGAUAUAAAAAGUCAUAAAGAUUAAAGUUGUCUAUUGCUGUAUAUUAGAAUCAUAUAAAAAAAAUAUCCUUAAAUAUUCAUAUUUCUAGACAGCUUUCUUCUUUAUGACUAUAUUUUAAAGUCAAUUGCCAAGACUCAAUUGUAUAUAUUAUAAUUCUGUACUGUUGAUAAUGACAAAUUUUAGCUAUUUCUUAAAUAACAUAUACAUACAUAAUUAUAAAUAAUCAAAUGCUACAUGUAUUAUUGUAAGAAAUUAAUUGUAUUUUUUUAAUUGUUACACAUCUUCUAAUUGUGCCAAUAAGAAAAAUCAAUAAAAUUUAGAUCUUAUUGAAA